CCCCCCCCCCCCCACCACCCCACACACACAAAAUCCACGAACGAACACCGCGAAGCGUGAGAAGAAAAUGGAGGCAUGAGCGCUAGCACCUCCUCGUCCUCCUCCGCCUCCGCCUCCUCCGUCCUCGUCGAGCCCCUCGAAGCCCCCGCACCCCCGCGGCCCUCCUCGCCGGCGGGCUCGCCGGGUCCCGCGUCUCCUCCUCGGCUGCGCCGGCGGCGGAGGGAACUAGGGAAGGGGAGGGGGUGGGGAAGGUUGAGGUAGAGCGGAGCGGCAGCGACGAUGCCGUCGCACGCGGAUCUGGACCGCCAGAUCUCGCAGCUGCGGGAGUGCAAGUUCCUGGCGGAGGCGGAGGUCAAGGUGCUCUGCGAGCAGGCCAAGGCGAUCCUCAUGGAGGAGUGGAACGUGCAGCCCGUGCGCUGCCCCGUCACCGUCUGCGGCGACAUCCACGGCCAGUUCUACGACCUCAUCGAGCUCUUCCGCAUCGGCGGCGACACGCCCGAUACCAACUACCUCUUCAUGGGCGACUACGUCGACCGUGGCUACUACUCAGUGGAGACUGUGACAUUGUUAGUGGCUCUAAAAGUACGUUAUAGAGACAGAAUCACAAUAUUGAGAGGCAAUCAUGAGAGCAGACAAAUUACUCAAGUGUAUGGAUUCUAUGAUGAAUGCUUACGGAAAUAUGGAAAUGCAAACGUGUGGAAGUACUUCACAGACUUGUUUGAUUAUUUACCCCUCACAGCUCUUAUAGAAAAUCAGGUCUUCUGCCUACAUGGUGGUCUCUCUCCAUCAUUGGAUACAUUGGAUAAUAUCCGUGCCCUCGAUCGCAUACAAGAGGUCCCACAUGAAGGGCCUAUGUGUGAUCUGUUGUGGUCUGACCCGGAUGAUCGAUGUGGAUGGGGAAUUUCACCAAGAGGUGCUGGAUACACAUUUGGGCAAGAUAUCGCACAGCAAUUCAACCAUACAAAUGGAUUAAGUCUUAUUUCAAGGGCCCAUCAGCUUGUAAUGGAAGGGUUCAAUUGGUGUCAGGAUAAGAACGUUGUGACGGUGUUCAGCGCGCCAAAUUACUGCUACCGCUGCGGUAACAUGGCUGCAAUCCUUGAAAUCGGAGAGAACAUGGAUCAGAACUUCCUCCAAUUUGACCCAGCUCCGCGGCAAAUCGAGCCUGACAUGACACGCAAGACCCCAGACUACUUUUUGUAAUCGCCUUGUCGGCUCCUUUUAACUACUCUCCUCUCUGCCGCAGGCCUGGGUCUGUAGAUCUGCCAUUAGAAAAUCUGUUUCCUCAGCCGCCUUGUACCCCCCCCCCCUCAUUCUUUGGUGUGGAGAUUUUGUUGCCGCUUCUCAGAACUUCAUAGAGCAUGUUGAAAGUAUGUGGCAUUGGGAUUUUCUUUCUUUCUUUUUUCUCUUUUUGCUGUACCUCCAUUUUGUAUUAUUAUGAGACACAAGAGAAGAGAAGCUGCAAUAGAAUACCUCGUAAUAUA